UAGGUGCCUCUCCUGUGCGUGACGAACGGAACAGGUUUCUGUUUGGUCAGGCCACGCUUUAUUUUUGUUUUAUGUGCCAACUCAAACACAGUUCUACUGUUUCCGUGUAUAUGUUUACUUUUACUUCUCUGUUAAGAUGUUUUUUCCAGAAGCUGCAGGGGAAUUUUUUUUGGCCCUCGAAAUGAAGUUAAAGCUGUUUACAACCUGCACUAAACAACAUUCAGCUCGUGUCAGUGGACAGAAGUGGAUUAUCUUUCUUUUCUAAGCGUCAUAUUUGAGAUUUGAAGAGGAGACACCUGUCACACGUGCCCACAGGUGCCUACAGGUGUUUUUUGGACUGCUACCUGCUGCCAACUCUGGACUUCCUGUCUCAACUCAAUGCAUUCAUCUCGAUAAUGAAAGUUUAAAAACAGCGAAGAAGAAGGACGUCGAUUUAGUAUUGUUUUUGGACUAAAGAUGGAGUUAACCGGCCAAAGGACGGCGCUGCUUAUACUAGUCGUGGUCGGUGUGCGAGGUGUCUUUGUGGAGCCGCCUCAGCCCGUCACCUCCCUGCGCUCCCUGGCCGAGAGUGAGACCAGGCUUCCCUGUCGCUACCAGGUGGAGGACGGGGAGAAGGUGGUGCAGGUCACCUGGUUUAAGGAGCUCCCGGGCGGAGGCAAGGACCAGAUCAUCACUGCACACUUCAUGGACGGCCACACAGAGUUCGGGCGCUACUCUGGCCGGGUGAGGUUCGAGAGCGGGACCCCCACACAGGACUCAACUCUGCUCAUCCCGAGCACGGAGGAGUCAGACGAGGGCAGCUACACCUGCCACAUCUCCACCUUCCCCAACGGAAACUUUGAGAGGCACAUCACACUCACUGUCUGGAUUCUGCCGAUCUCCUCCCUGGAUCCGGUGUUCCUGGUGGAGGGCCAGUCCUACCGCGUGGCCGCCUCCUGUCGGGCCGUGGGCCGCCCGCUUCCCCGCCUCUCCUGGGACACCGACCUGCCGGGCCAGUCCAACAACCGCUCCAAGGAGGGCGGGUCCGUGUCCAGCUACUAUUCCCUGCACCCCCUGCGCAACAUGGACGGGAAGAAGCUGGACUGUUUGGUGUGGCACCCCGGCCUGAAGGAGCCGCGCAGGAUCUCAAACAGCCUGGUGGUGCAUUACCCCCCAGAUGCCAAAAUCUCCAGCUCUCCAGGAGACUGGUUUGUGGGUUUGGAUAAAGCUGAGCUGGUGUGCAGCAGCGAAGGAAACCCCAAACCUCAGAACAUCACCUGGACAUGGAGAGGAGGAGCUCUGCCAGAUGGGGCGUCUGCCGUUGGAGGAAAACUUGUUUUUGGGCGGCCCCUUCGUUUGAAUGACAGUGGGGUGUUUGAGUGUGUGGUCAGCAACAGUGUGGGAGUAGGAAGAGCAGAGUACACAUUGGCUAUAACAAGGUCUCCACGCACGGACGGGCCCCCCAUUGACAACCAAUUGCUGAUCAUUAUCGGCGCUUCCGCCGGAGGUUUGGUCAUGUUACUGAUCGUCGUCGUCCUGCUGGUCAACCGCCACCAUCGGAACAAAAACAAAAAGCUCGAGAUGGAGCUCAGUGAGAAAAAUGAGGAAAUUAACAGCCUCUCCAGACAAGCCUCCUUCAGGAGACUGAACUCAGUCAGCACAGACCCCCGAGUGCAGCCUGAAGAUUACGCUCUGCUCAGAGUAGACAGCCGGAUGAAAAACAGCGAAAUGUCUCUGGAGCGACCCACCUACAGAGGCAGCCAUUCCACUCUGGGUGGAAAGUGGGGUCCUCAUGGAGGGGUGGAGGUGGACGAACUGGGACGCCCCGUCGUCUGGCACGACGGAGGAGCAGAGAUGGACAGAGAGAGGGAGGAGAGCAGGAGGAAGGUGGAGUCGUACCUGAAGAGCAGCAACAUGUCACUGGACUCAGGACUGCCCUCCUCCCUGGUUCCAGUGAAGGCCCAGCAGGACGACGGUGUCGUCACCAGAGACCCAGAGCUGGGCCACUGCAGAGAGGGAGACUCCCCUCAGUCGGUGGUGGAGGAACGCGAGGAUGACGACGACAGCGACUCCUACCAGCUCUCGGAGGCGCUCAGCAAUCACUUCUACUUAAGUAAUGGGCUCCUCAGGCCGAAGCCACACUCCAACGCCAUUCUGCUGCACCCCAGAGGACAGAUCAUCUAGACCACAGACUGUCACUCACAGCAUGAGCCGGUCUGCAUUCUUUGUCAUGAAAUGUUUGUUUUGUACACAUUGACUGGAAGGUGUAAUUAUCCCCAUGAAUAAUCCAAGCUUUGAUUAUUUUUUGCCCCUGGCAUGUGAGUUUUGAUCCUUUAUCCUAAUCCUAUAAUAAUUAAGAUGUGUUCAAAAUAUUUUGGGGACAUGUUAUGCCUUUAUUUUGAAAGCUGAUGGUGGAGAGACGACAGUAAAUGAGGUGAGAGCGGGAAGAUGGUGAUUGUCAUGCAGCAAAGGCCCCCAAGCGAGACACGAAUCAAGGACAUUGUGCUUCAUUAAUGCCCCAAAACAGGGCGAUUUUUUUUUUUUUUAUCCACUGAGUUUUCCCUCUCACAGUCCCUGAUUUCUCUUCUUCAACGUGCAAGGAAUAAAGAUUCCUGUUGCGCAGCGUUCACUGCACUAUCUGCAGCGUUAAUAUGUUGCAUCCUCUGCUUUGUUGACCUACAGCAAAUUUAAAGGUGCAAUAUGUAAGAAUCGGCCACAAAACUGGGGAGCUUCAUAUCAACAGAGCAACUGCAACAUGCUGCGUACUGUUAGCUGCUGCUGUUAGCUUGUUAGCACAGUUAGCAGUGCAGCUUGAGGUCCAGACUCAGAGCACCAGGAGAGUCUUGUUGUCGUUCACAUGGCUAGCGAAGGAGAUUUGAACUGCUGUGUGGAGGAGGUUUUCAGAUCCGUGACAGGAUGAGCCAGCUGGAAAGGCUGCUGGGGGGGGGGGGCUGCCCUGUAACAUAACUGCAAAUAUUUCUUUAUAUUUAGCUUUUAGUUUCAGUUAAUAUCUGAGUGUUUCAAACUAAAAUUCUUACAUAUUGCAACGUUAAACUCACAAAAGGAGACUCCCAAAAGAUCCUCAGAACUUCUGAUUCCCUGUUUACAUCGCCAACAGUUUGGGGAGGAGGAUGUGGACGAAGACAAUUUUUGAGCUCCAACGGCUGGCUAAGUUAAAAACGGGGAAGGCGAUUGUGGAGAACGAUAGUUGGAUCAUUGCUGGGCCGACAAAUACCAGCACCUUGGGUUAGAAUUAGGGCUGAAUACCAACCUAAAGUGUAGGUACAGUAUUUGGCAGCCUUGGAAAGAGACUCACCACUCAACUAUCGUUCUCCAGAGUCGCCUUCCCUACUUUAAAGAGUAAAUUGUACUCAGUACUAUUUUUUUUUUUUUCAGCUUGGAUGCACCUGUGGAUAAGACAUUAGUGUAUGUAUAUGUGUAUGUAUGUAUGUAUUAAAUAUAUAUAUUAGGAGGAGAUACAAAAAAGUUACUGUGUGUUUAUAAUCAUGUAUUGAACAGCUACCUGCAACCAUGAAAAGGUCAAAAACACUGUUACCCUGAGGGCCUGAACACAGACACGGAUGUCGAACUGAUGGAUGUUCAUGGACGAACUCAGCAAACUGGUUUUGAUCACCAGGUUUUAACAUAUCCACAUGAACUUAACGGUUCACAGCGAUGGACAGACUGGAUCUAACAUGCAGGAGAUGAACUUUUAAGCAGCGCUGUGUAUUAACGCACAACCAGUGUACAUGUUGUGUAAAUUGUUUUAUAUCUGUGUUUUUCUAUGAAACUGCAAAACUGACAUGUAAAUGUUGUUUAUUCAUAAAAGUACACCGCAAAACA